GUGGACCUGGUGUGUCAUGGGAAGACAGAGGUGUUUCCUGACAGGGACACUGCAGACCCUUAUGCUGAGGCUAAGAAGAGAGGUACUUCCGUACAGUAGACAGUGGUAACGGUUUGACCACCGAUGGACAUCGUACAGAGAAUCAUCAAGAACCGGCUGCAGUUUGAGGCAAGGAACCAGAAGAAGGAGGCCAAGGAGAUUGCGGUGUUUGAGGCGAUGAAACGCCAGGCAGAGGGAGAGCAGGCCGGGGACACGGCCCAGGCACACAGUAACCAGAUCAAACUAGUUCAAACCAGACCCAGCGGUCACAAACUGAUCCUAACCCAGCAUUUCCCAAACUAGAGAAACUCUGAAAUAACUUUUUUUUUUUAUUGCUUUUGGUUCAUAGAACUGGGGUUAUGUCAGUAACCUCCGGUAGCUGCUAGAUGCCGUUGUAAAUAAUGAGAGCGGUUUUGGUUUUCUUUCUUCCUAUCUUUUGAACGGUUAAUCUACGGUUUUCUCUCUACAAUGCCCAGAAGUCUCAGAACAGAGUGGACAAGACCAGGCACUAAAAUCAGACUGGAGGAAAAAUAACAAUCAAUGGUGUUAUUUUCACACCAGAAGAUCAAACUAAAUGAUUCCUGAUGAUUCUCUACUUCCCAAUACCUUUCUGAUGCAUUUGUCACUUCAAACAAUCCUUCAUAUUAAAACACCGUCAAAUGAUUUGUAAUAGACGGUCAUAGUCCCAGUUUAAGAACCAACAUUGGCUGUUGAUUUCAUCACCUUUUUUUAAAAUAACAAAAUGGGGUCGCAGAACAAACAAGUUUGGGAACCUCUGUCCUAACCAGUUCAAAUGGUUCAAACACGACCAAAACCGGGUCCGACUGAACCGACCAGCCCAAACCAGUCUAGUCUACUACUUGUACUGUAUACACAUCCUUUAGUGAAGCAUUGCCUGCUAACCUGUCCUAGACCGGCUUUACCCCCCAGUCCACAAGGGCCAAACUCAUUCCACCGACUGCCAAGUGUCUGCGGGUUUUCACUCCCUUGUACUUGAUGAAUUAGGUCAGUAAUUAGUAAGGAACUCUCCUCACCUGGUUGUCUCGGUCUAACUGAAAGGACAAACCAGCAGACACUAGGCCCUCCAUGGAAUGAGUUUCCACCUGACCCAAACCGGAUCAGACCAGAUCAAACUGCAGAACCAGACUCAAACCAAGACACCUCCUCACCUUCACCAGCUAAGGAGAACACAAAAAUAACCCUCUCCCCCUGUCAGUGGAGGCUGCUGAGGGGAGGAUGGGCCAUAAUAAUGUCUGGAGUGGAAUAGCUGUAAUGGAGUGUGUUAAAUCUUAUCACACUUUCAGGCAGAAAGAAAGGAGGAGGAAAGAAAGAUGGAGAAAAUAAUCCAAAGUGUGACUGAUGAAAAAGAGAACAUUGAGAGACUUGUAAAGAAGAGAGAAAAGUCUAUGUAGUUGUGUGUGUACUGUAUAUUUAGUAGUGCCUUUAGUCUGAUCUACCAAAUGGCACACUAUUCCCUAUGGACCCUGGUCAAACGGCCGCUGACCCCCGCUGACCCCACCGGUAUGACUCUUCAGGUGGGUGGGUGGUCACGUGUGGCUCUGUGGCGUGACCGGUACGACUCUUCACGUGGGUGGUCACGUGUGUUUGAGGCAGASGUCUUGGGUUCGCGCCUCGCUAGGAGCCGACUCAGGCGGCAGCAUGACCUCCUUUACAUGGCUAUGGGUUGGAAUCCGGCCCACUAUCUCAUCAAUAAACAGUGGACUAUAUAGGGAAUAGGAUGCCAUUUCAGAUGCACCCCUCUGUCUUGUAUGGAACAUGAUGAUUCAGGACUCUGUCAAUGUUUUCUGUUCUUGUUUUUAAUGUGUUGGUAUGUGGAUAAUUCAUUUAGAACAUUUUUUAGAGAGGUAUGGACAAUGAAUGGGGGAGUCAAGUGUGUGUGUGUGAGAGACUGUUUUAAAGGGAGUGUGUGCGAAUGAAAAAUGAAUAACAAAACAAGUGGGCAUGUAUAUUGUAUGGCUCUACCCCUCUAAAGUUGCUCUGSAAAUCUGUCAAUUAAUUGUCCGGUAAUGACAAGAAAAUACAAAAUACUGUACCCAUUAUUUUCUGAGGUUGAGCCUCUUUGUAGUUGUUCAAAAGUCCAUAAUAUCUGACAUGAAGUGGAAACCUGAAAAGGUUAACAUUAUUUACCUACUAAGCUGAAAAAUGUGUCUGAUUAGUAAAAUAGUGUAAACACA